AUGGCUGCACACCACCCAAACCCACUGGGCCACAUAUCGAUCGGCGUGCGCAACUACGAGGCAUCCAAGGCCUUCUACACGGCCGUGCUGGAAACAAUCGGCCUGCGGCUCGUCUACGAUAGCGAAGCCAAGCGGCCCGACUCGGGCCCGACCACCAGCGACAGCGCGGAAGGCGACUCUGCCGCUCCGGAUCCGGCUCCGGCUCCGGCUCCGGCCGAGAAAAAGAGGACCCGCACGCUCGGCUUCGGCGUGGAAGAGGGCCGCGAGCUGCUCAACGUGUUCGAGUUCGGCGACGACGCCGCGCCGCCCGGCCCGGGCUUCCACCUCGCCUUCAACGCGCCCACGCGGGCGAGCGUCGUCGAGUUCCACGCCCUGGCGCUCGGCUUCGGCGGGUCCGACAACGGCCUGCCCGGCGUGCGCAAGCACUAUGGCGACCGCUACUUUGCCGCCUUUGUCGUCGACCCCGACGGCUGGCGGCUCGAGGUCGUCUGCAAGGCGUGA